GCCCCGGAUUCCCGGCGGGGGCGACGGGGCGGCCAGCCACAGGCCGGUGCGGAGUGCGCCCGGCGGCCGCGCCGCGUGCGCCCAGCAGAGGCGGCCCUUGCGUGCCGUACGCCGCGUCCGGGGCGCGCCCGCCGCUAUUCAGCUUCCCGGGCUCAUUAGCAGUCGCGGUGUGCGGCUCGGCGCGGGCUCACAAAGAGCUGCGGCGGCGGCCCCGCGCUCGGCCUCGCGGAAGGAGCCGGCGGCGGCGGCGGCGGGGCGGGGGAGGCCGUGCAUCCGCGCAGCCCCGCGCCCGGGCCAGGCUCCAGAAGACUGUGGGAAGCCGGCUGCCAAGGCCAGGACCGUCCUGUGGAUGGGCGCGGGUCUCGUGGGGCCCGGAGACUCUGAAAAGAUUUCAUCCCUGGGAGGUUUUUCGGGACAUUACCAAAUCACUCAUUUUCUCGGCUGCCUCCAGGAGACGAUGGCUGCGUGAGCGUCCGCCAUGGCCCACCGGAAGCAUCAGAGCACAGCAAGCAGCAUGCUGGACCACUGGGCCCGGCCGGGCCCCGUCCCCCACGGCCAGGGGCCUGAGAGCCAGGCUGCAGAGCUGCCGCUGGGGGAGUACGUGCCCGAGGGCCUGGAGCUGGCCGCCCUGCGGCCCGAGAGCCCCGUGCCCGGGGACCAGGGCUGCCGCGACCACAGCCCCGACGGGGACUCCAGCUCCGACUACGUGAACAACACCUCCGAGGAGGAGGAUUAUGAUGAGGGCCUCCCCGAGGAGGAGGAGGGCAUCACCUACUACAUCCGCUACUGCCCCGAGGACGACAGCUACCUGGAGGGCAUGGACUGCAAUGGGGAGGGGGACCUGGCCCCCGGCGUUCGCCGCCUGGAGACUGACCAGUGCCCGGGGGCGGUGGAGGAGUGGACGGACUCGGCAGGCCCACACCCGCACGGCCCCGGGGACGAGGGCAGCCCGGACCACCAGGCUGGCCACCGCCCCAUCCCCGAGGACGAGGCUUCCAUCCUGGAGGCCCAGGACCAGGAGGACGGCGUCCACUACUGUCCCAGCGAGGAGGGCUACCCGGACUACUACCCCGCAGAGGCCAAUGGGAAUGCGGGCAGUGCUUCCCCCUAUCGCCCAAGGCGUGGGGACGGGGACCUGGAGGACCAGGAGGAGGAUAUCGACCAGAUCGUGGCCGAGAUCAAGAUGAGCUUGAGCAUGACCAGCAUCACCAGCGCCGGCGAGGCCAGCCCUGAACGCAUGCUGGUGCGGGGGCCAGAGCCCGGGCCUGGGGACUCCACGGAGGCCUGCGCGCCCCACCAGAGCAGCCAGCGCCCUAGCAGACACGAGGGAAGGCCCAAGUCCCUGACCCUCCCUCCUGAGGUCAAGCACCCCGGAGAUCCCCAAAGAGGCUUCAAGGUCAAGUCCAGGACUCCAGAGGAGAGGCCAAAGUGGCCCCAAGAGCAGGUUUGCAAUGGUCUGGAGCAGCCCAGGAAGCAGCAGCGCUCUGAUCUCAAUGGACCCAUUGACAAUAACAACGUCCCGGAGACAAAGAAGGUGGCAUCAUUUCCAAGUUUUGUGGCCGUUCCAGGACCCUGUGAACCGGAAGACCUCAUCGACGGAAUCAUCUUCGCUGCCAACUACCUGGGCUCUACCCAGCUGCUCUCAGAACGUAACCCUUCCAAAAACAUCCGAAUGAUGCAAGCGCAGGAGGCCGUCAGCCGGGUCAAGAGGAUGCAGAAGGCUGCUAAGAUCAAGAAGAAAGCGAAUUCGGAGGGGGAUGCCCAGGCUCUGACAGAAGUGGACCUCUUCAUCUCCACCCAGAGAAUCAAGGUGUUAAACGCGGACACACAGGAAACCAUGAUGGACCACGCCCUGCGCACCAUCUCCUACAUCGCGGACAUUGGGAACAUCGUGGUGCUGAUGGCCAGGCGCCGCAUGCCCCGGUCGGCCUCCCAGGACUGCAUCGAGACCACCCCCGGCGCCCAGGAGGGGAAGAAGCAGUAUAAGAUGAUCUGCCACGUGUUUGAGUCCGAGGAUGCCCAGCUGAUUGCCCAGUCCAUUGGCCAGGCCUUCAGUGUGGCCUACCAGGAGUUCCUGCGGGCCAAUGGCAUCAACCCUGAAGACCUGAGCCAGAAGGAAUACAGCGACAUCAUCAACACCCAGGAGAUGUACAAUGACGACCUCAUCCACUUCUCAAACUCGGAGAACUGCAAAGAGCUGCAGCUGGAGAAGCACAAGGGUGAGAUCCUGGGCGUAGUGGUGGUGGAGUCGGGCUGGGGCUCCAUCCUGCCCACGGUGAUCCUGGCCAACAUGAUGAAUGGCGGCCCGGCGGCCCGCUCAGGAAAGUUGAGCAUCGGGGACCAGAUCAUGUCCAUCAAUGGCACCAGCCUGGUGGGGCUGCCCCUCGCCACCUGCCAGGGCAUCAUCAAGGGUCUGAAGAACCAGACGCAGGUGAAGCUCAACAUCGUCAGCUGCCCCCCGGUCACCACGGUCCUUAUCAAGCGGCCGGACCUCAAGUACCAGCUGGGCUUCAGCGUGCAGAACGGAAUCAUCUGCAGCCUCAUGCGAGGGGGCAUCGCAGAGCGCGGAGGCGUCAGGGUGGGUCACCGGAUCAUCGAGAUCAACGGGCAGAGUGUGGUGGCCACGGCCCAUGAGAAGAUAGUCCAAGCUCUGUCCAACUCGGUUGGAGAGAUCCACAUGAAGACCAUGCCUGCCGCCAUGUUCAGGCUCCUCACGGGCCAGGAGACCCCGCUCUACAUCUAGGCCCGCCCAGCCCACAGCGUCCAGCCUGUCUGGGCCCCGAGGAGCGGGAGGCCACACCCAGGACCAGACCCCUGGCCCCUCAGCCCACCCAAGGAACUGGCUUCCCGAAGGGCAUGGCCUCACCACCCACUUUUUCUGUUUUGGACAAAAAGGGGUAUGUCUUUAUCAAAGGAGAGGCGCAGGACCCAGUCUUUGUAGAGCAGUCAAGUGUAUGGCCGCAUCCUGAACCGUUUCCCCACUGCGCCCGACGAGCAAGCGUGUGCGCCCCGUGUGGCGUGGCGCGUGCUUCCUCCCCGAGGCCGUGCAGGGGACUGUGGCUGCUCCCGGACGCUCCGGGGUCCUGGGGGUGGGGGCGCCCUGGCUGCUGCUUCGCCCCAGGGAGUGGCUGCCCAGCUCUCAGGAUGGGACUUGUAACUGAAGUUCGGGAGCGGGAUUGUAUUUAUUGAGAAAGAGGACAUUCCUGAGUUAAAUAAAAGAUGAUGGCCGUAACAUCGAAAUUCCCUAUUUAUUUAGGUACUAUCACUGUUUCGACUUUUGUUUUGAUUAGCCCUUCUUCAGACUUCAGGGGGGCAUGCUCUCUCCCCCGCCCUCCGGGGACCAGGAGAGCCGCCGGGCUGUAGCCGUCUAGUUAAAGUCUCUGCACACACGCACACACACGCGCUCCCCGCCCCGCAGCACACAAGGAAACUUGACCUCUGCCAGGGCGGGGCCAGGCGGCGUCGCCUUGAGCAGUGUUAGUGUGUGUAGAUCAAGUAAAACGUAGCCUAGUUCCGUUCCCUAGAGAUCAGUGUUACCUGACGUCAUUUUGUCUGGGAGUCUCUUUCUUUGGCCCAGGACUUGAAGAAUACACUGUGACUUAAGAAGCCUUACCAUGCAGUAACUGCAGCUUUAGUAUUACUGUAUCCAAGCAGUGACCUGUGUGUUGCAUGCAGCUGACCUUAGGAAGACUCGCUAAUGUCACUAAUAAACCUGAAGUCAUGACGAAAA